UCAAUCAUCAACAGUUCAAACCAUACACAAGUCGAUCACCACUUGAUCGCCAUUAGGAAAUGCUUUCAGAUAUCAUGAGUCCCUUUGAGACCCAUCAGUGCGAUCUCUUGAGAUCGAUCUGUGACCAUCUUCUUCAGGAUGAUGAUGAUGUUGCUGAGAAUGCUGCUGUUUUUGCACCGAGGAGUUCGAGCUUCAGCGAUAUUUUGCUGACGGAAAGUUGGAGCGAACUACCUCUGAAAGUCGACGACUCGGAGGACAUGGUGGUGUACGGCGCACUGUGCGAGGCGCUCAGUUCUGGGUGGGUGAUGCCUUCGGUUUCGAAUCAAGAACUCGAUUUUGAAGCGGCGACCGUUGAUAAUGACGCCAUUGGUCGGGAGGUGCAGAGGAGACCGGAGGAGAUGGUGGAGCGUGAGAUGCGAGCGCCGGUCGAGAAGGCGCAUUAUAGAGGAGUGAGGAGGCGGCCGUGGGGGAAAUACGCAGCGGAGAUAAGAGACCCCAAGAAGAACGGCGCGAGGAUUUGGCUCGGGACUUACGAGACGCCCGAGGACGCGGCGUUGGCCUAUGACCGGGCCGCUUUCAAGAUGAGAGGGUCAAAGGCCAAGCUCAACUUCCCUCACCUCAUCGGUUCGGCGGAGUACGAGCCCGUCAGGGUCAGCCCAAAGCGUCGGUCCGCCGAGCCUAGCUCGCCGUCCAGUGAUGGCGGGUCGACGGGGAGGAAGAGGAGAAAGAGAGAGGUCGAUUCAGAUGCUGAGGCGGAGUUUGGAACUACAAUCCCUUUUCCCAUUUUGGAUAUGGGCUUGUUAGGUGUGGACGAACAGUUUUUAAUUUGAUUGGACACACUGUCAAGACAUUUACUUCAUCAAUGAAAAGUCAAUCAGGCAAUUUUGUGCUGUGCAAA